UUGAGGGGUUGGUGAGGGCGAUGCGUCUGGUGGAUGCUGAUCACUCAGCCCACAUCUGCUGCCUCCAGUUAAAAUAAAGGACGCUCGGCCAUGCGAUCCACUACCUCCCAAACCCGACACUCCAACCCCUACCGAGAGGAGGAGCACCACCAGGAGGCCGCCCACCACCACCACCCACCAUGGCCAUGGCGACGGCGCUCCGCAAGCUCUCCGCCCGCGGCCAGCCCCUCUCCCGCCUCACGCCGCUCUACUCCAUGGCGUCCCUGCCGGCGACGGAGGAGAGAUCCGCAGUCACCUGGCCGAAGCAGUUGAACGCGCCGCUGGAGGAGGUCGACCCCGAGAUUGCCGACAUCAUCGAGCUCGAGAAGGCCCGCCAAUGGAAGGGGCUGGAGCUCAUCCCGUCGGAGAACUUCACCUCCCUCUCGGUGAUGCAGGCGGUGGGAUCCGUCAUGACAAACAAGUACAGCGAGGGGUACCCCGGCGCGAGAUACUACGGUGGAAACGAAUACAUUGAUAUGGCCGAGACGCUGUGUCAGAAACGUGCUUUGGAGGCCUUCAAUUUGGACCCGGAGAAGUGGGGAGUGAAUGUGCAACCUCUAUCGGGUUCACCUGCCAACUUCCAUGUAUACACUGCUCUGCUGAAGCCACAUGACAGAAUUAUGGCUCUGGAUCUUCCUCACGGUGGACAUCUUUCCCAUGGUUACCAGACUGACACAAAGAAAAUCUCAGCAGUUUCAAUAUUCUUUGAGACAAUGCCUUACAGACUGGAUGAAAGCACUGGCUUGAUUGAUUAUGACCAGUUGGAGAAAAGUGCCGUUCUGUUUAGGCCAAAGUUGAUUGUUGCUGGUGCUAGUGCAUAUGCCCGCCUUUAUGAUUAUAACCGCAUGCGGAAGAUCUGUGACAAGCAGAAGGCAGUUCUUCUCGCAGACAUGGCACAUAUCAGUGGGCUAGUUGCUGCUGGUGUCAUUCCGUCUCCUUUUGAGUAUGCAGAUGUGGUGACUACCACUACCCACAAGUCACUCCGUGGUCCACGUGGAGCCAUGAUCUUUUUCCGGAAGGGGGUGAAAGAAAUAAACAAACAAGGGAAGGAGGUUAAGUAUGAUUUUGAGGACAAAAUCAAUGCAGCUGUCUUCCCAGGUCUGCAAGGUGGACCCCAUAACCAUACUAUUACUGGCCUGGCCGUUGCGCUUAAGCAGGCAACUACUCAGGAGUACAGAGCUUAUCAAGAGCAAGUUAUGAGUAACUCUGCUAGAUUUGCUGAGAGCUUAACUUCAAAAGGCUACGACAUUGUCUCUGGUGGGACUGAUAACCAUUUAGUUUUGGUGAACCUCAAGAAAAAGGGAAUAGAUGGUUCACGAGUGGAGAAGGUUUUAGAAAAUGUGCAUAUUGCAGCAAACAAGAACACAGUUCCUGGUGAUGUUUCAGCUAUGGUACCUGGAGGCAUCAGGAUGGGAACCCCCGCGCUUACAUCAAGAGGAUUUGUUGAGGAGGACUUCGCCAAGGUUGCCGACUUCUUCGAUUCGGCAGUGAACUUGGCUUUGAAGGUUAAAGCUGCAGCAGCAGGUACCAAACUGAAGGACUUCGUUGCCACUUUGCAAUCCGACAGCAACAUCCAAGCUGAAAUUGCAAAGCUUCGCCACGAUGUGGAGGAAUAUGCGAAACAAUUCCCAACAAUUGGAUUCGAGAAAGAGACCAUGAAGUACAAGAACUAAGAACUGCUAUGUUUCAACAGCAAGGAAGCAACCAGGAAGCACAACUGAGUACAAGUCCAUGUAAACAAUAGAUGCAUGAUGAAGCGCCACCAUAUGAAUCCAAGCAUUUUACAGAAUAUGGGAACUUUGUCAAUAGUUUCUUAUUGCAGGCACGUACUGUAAGAUGCUUCGCUGUAUGCUAUAUGAACCGCCAUCCUUCUUGGAUAAACAUUUACUUACACGCA